AUGUCCGAUAAGCAAUCGCUUCCGCGCCCAGCAGCGGCAGCAGCAGCGUAUUCUAGCAGAUGGAAGAGACCUCUCAUCGCUGGCGUCAUUCUCUCGCUUUACCUCAUCUCACGCAUCGCGCUGCUAUUUUCCAAUUCUUCGGCGGAUAAAGCAGCAGCAGAUAGUCCGAUUCAAUGUCCAGCACAGGCACCAUCACUCCCUUCCCCUGCUAUCCCUUUCCGCGUUCCUGAUGGCAGUAUCGAGCGCUGGAGCGAGAGUGUCACUUAUCCGACAAUUUCCUACGACGAUUUCCGCGAGCCCGGCAACGACACACGCUACGACACUUUCCCGCCUUUUUACGCCUUCCUCCAGCGCGCUUUCCCUGCAGUCCAUGCCACGCUCUCUCACGAGACAGUGAACCAUUAUGGCAAUCUCUACGAAUGGCGCGGGAGUGAUGCGUCCCUCAAACCACUUAUUCUGAUGGCGCACGCGGAUGUCGUACCUGUAGACCCCACCUCCGUCGACAGAUGGGAUGCGCCUCCCUUCUCGGGUCACAUCGAUCCCGAUGGCUGGGUGCACGGCCGCGGCGCUGGCGACUGCAAGAACCUCCUCCUGUCUAUCUAUGAAGUAAUUGAGGGUCUCAUUAAUGCCGGGUUUACUCCACGCCGCACUAUCAUCCUGUCGUUCGGCUUCGAUGAAGAAAUAAGCGGCCCUCGGGGUGCGAAGCACCUUAGCGAGCGCAUUCACGACAAGUACGCCACUAGUGACAGUGACAGUGAUAUCGCUAUUGCAGUGCUCGACGAAGGUGGUUUGCUAGACCUGCACAGCCACUCCACCCCCUUUGCCCUUCCAGCCGUGAAGGAGAAGGGGUAUUUAGAUGUGAAGGUGUCAGUGGCGACGCGCGGGGGCCACUCCUCAAUCCCACCUCCCCACACGUCUAUCGGAUACCUCGCACAGCUAAUAGCACACAUGGAGGCACAUCCCCAUGCACCCCACCUCGCCGUGGAGAACCCCUUCACAACACAUCUGCAGUGUCUGCUCGAACACUCCCCCGCAUCGCUCGAUGCGAUUGAUCCCCAUUUACGCCAACAGCUUCCCAAUACGCGUCUGUGGGGGGAGGCAGCGCGCACUGUGGCAGAGCACGAUGUGCGCGACCGCUACCUCAUCCAGACGAGUCAGGCUGCUGAUCUCAUUGCGGGGGGAGUCAAGGUUAACGCACUCCCGGAAGUCGCGUCCGCUGUCUUCAACCAGCGCAUAGAUGUCGCGGGGAGUGUGCACGGCUUGAAGGAGCAUCUCACAUCCCUCCUACAACCCUACGCUGAGGAGCUCGGGAUGGCUUUUGUGGGUUUCGACGGGAAGCUGGUCGGUGACGCGGAACUUGGCGUCGGUACAGUGCAGGUGGAGGUGUUCGGUAGCCCCCUCGACCCCGCGCCCAACACACCAACGAGUGGUCACGUGUGGGAUACACUCGUAGGUUCUCUCAGGAAUGUCUUCGGUGGUGAUCUCGUCGUCAGCCCUCAUCUCAUGGCCGGUAAUACUGACACUCGCCAUUAUUGGCGUCUCACAAGGAAUAUCUUCCGCUUUGAGGCUUUCGAUGCGAGUUUGACCAAGGACAUACACACUGUCAAUGAACGCGUACAUAAAGAUGCUCAUAUCCAGUCAAUGUCCUUCCUCCAUCAGUUUAUACAGCAGUUGGACAGCUUAGAUGCUUAG